UUCGGUGCGCUUGAGUACGUGGUUCUAAAACAAACAAAACAUGAAGUUUUUCGUGAUAUUUUUAAGUGCAGUGGUGGUUGUGAGCUCGAACCCUGUAGCUCAGGAGGACUCAGUGCUCCGUGUAGUGGCGGGAAACUUUGUGAAUUGCAUGAACAGUGAUUUGAGUUUGUGCCUCAAGGAACACGCACUCAAAGCGACUGAGCGUCUUGGAACCGUUCGCAAGUUGGAUAUCAUUGAUGGUAUAACUAUAUACAACAACAACCCUAAGGAGGGCAGGAGCUUCGAAGCUCUAUCAACUGACCCCGAGAUCAGGAACAAACAGCUCACUGAAAGGCUGUGGGAAAGUACCACUGAUCUUCUGCAGAAGAGUGAUCUAGAAUUCAGCUACAAUGGUGGUGACGAAGAGGACGACAAGAGCCGCGCUCUUGGAGACGUUGACGAAGGCCGUGGCAAGAAGAAGAAGCAGCUCAAGAAGAAACUCAAGCUCCUCAUCCCCCUCGCCAUCUUGGGUAAAAUUAAAGCGAUCGCUCUCGUGGUUAUUGCCCUCUUGAUCAUCGCUGCCUCGGUCGCCAAGCUUGCGAUCCUUGCCAAGAUCGCCUUCAUUGCCAAGAUCAUUGCCAUCAUCAAGGCUCUCAUCGCGGCCAAGAAGCAUCAUUCCCAGGAGGAAUACAUAAUCGCAACUCAUGAGGAACAUCAUCCUCAUGAACACCAUCACCACUCCGCUCCAAGCGGUUGGGAAGGUGGCUGGUCCAGGUCAAGAGAGGAAGCCAACAACCUGGCCUAUUCCGCCUACAAGCAAUAACUUUACCAAAUAAGUAA